AUGUCAAGACCUAUGAACAUGCUCGCCUGGACCUUCCUUGCCCUCUUCGCAGCACUCUCAGUAUCCGCACACGGAUCGCAUGGGAUGAAAUGUAAAGCCUAUGGACCACUUAGUACAACGAACACUGUUGCUUUUGGGAACUGCAAGCCAGGUGUGAGUUACACAUGUAUUGCGACUGACAGCACGGGAUGCGAUCCAGGAGACCCGAGCAACAUUGAGUCUCUGGUAGUUCGCGACCCGUCAAAUGCCCAACCACUCGGAGGUUCUGCAAGCGUCGCCAAGGCACCUUUUACUUGUCCACAAACAGGAAUGGUCUCUUGUGCCGUAGUAUUCACCACACAAGGCAAAGCCAAGGCCAGCCACUACAGAUUGAAGAUCGUCCCAAGCGGCGGAGGUGGUCAACAAGGGCAAGGCAGCGGAAGCAGUGGGAAUGGCGCGCAGAGCACGAGCCAGGGGCAAAAUGGGAAUGGUAAUAGUACUCAAAGUGCGAACAGCCCGGGCAAUAGUGGUAAUGGUACACAGGGUGGAAACGAUGAAUACGAUGACUGUUAA